AGAGGCGGCCGCACAGCCUGGUUCCCCGCGCCCUGCUCGCAGCCGCCGCUCGCCCGGGCACCGCCGCUGGCCCCCGCCCCGCCGAGCGCAGCCGCCCGGGCACACGCACCCCGCCGCUGGACGCACCCCCCGCACUCCUCCCGCGGCUCCGCCGGGCGCCCGAGCCGGGCAGAUGCGCCGCCGCGCGCCCCCAGCUCCGGGCCCGCCACCGUGCUCUGCCGCGCGGCGGGGGCUCCUCUCCCGGCCCCCCCUGGGCGCCCUCCGGCUCUGGUUCCCGCCGGCUCCUUGGAAUAACCCUUGAGGCUUCAGCCGUCACCGCAAAGUUUCCCGAGGAGGCCCGCCUCCCCGGCCGCUGCGCAGGUAAGGAAGCAGGCAGUGGGCGAGAAGAUGGAUUCCUUUUUGGAAAGACAAGACCAGGGGGUGAAGCGGGAAUAACCCAUCCUCCCUACCUUCCCAGCAAGGAAACCUCUACAAACAGGAGCAGCCAAGCGGGACUGAGGCCCUCGCCCCUCAAGCAUCUUCCCAAAGAAGGGCAUGUGGGGGCCUGACAGCUCAGCUGUACGUGUCAGCAGCUCCAGCCCCACCGUGAACAUCUGAACUCCUCAGCGGGGUAAUGGACCCCCUCCUUCCCCCCGGAGACGCAGCCUGAGUGACAGGAAUACGGAGCCUUUGGAGAGUGGCUCCCUCUCAGCUCUGUCAUGCAAGAACGCUCUCUGCACCCAGCCCAUUCUGCCAAGUGACUUAAAGGGAUUUUAAAAAAAAGCCUUGGUAAACCAAAAGGAGGUAAAAGCCAAAAGCCACGCAGAGGCCUUUCAGAAGAGGUGGCGGCCUGCAGACAAAAGGGCAAGAGUUGAAAAGGGCCGUGGAGGUAGCAAGCAGCAGAGGCCACCCUGCUCGGGGCUGGGUGCCAGGCCACAGGGCAUGCCCGACGAACAGGGAGUCGGAACCCCCUCAGGCCACCCUCAGGAGUCCUGGGGCCCAGAGGGGUGUCCCUGUACCCCCUGUGCGCAGGACCCUCACUCUGCAGGGAGGAGCCAGCUGCGCCCGCGGCCUAGGGUGCCAAGAAUACUGCUGACUGUGGCCCGCAGCCUCAUCUGAACGCCAGGAGACCAGAAGACUGAGGCACCGGAUCCCCUCUCGUGCCCUGGGGUGCCCCAGCACUGCCCAGUCACCCCAGGUCUGAGGUCUGUGUCCCUAGUGGUGCAAGGCCUGGUAGGACCACGGGGCCGGGAAUGUGAGCGCCAUCUGAGCUCACGGUGUCCCGAGUUGCGGCUUCGUGACUUUGGCGUGGGCCUUCAGACCAGCAACUCGUCGGACCCAGAGGGCUCCUGGGCUGCAGCGACGAAGGAGAAUGUACGAGUGACAACAGGACAUGUUGUUUUAACACCAGACAAUGAAGCUCCCUGCUCUGCACUCCUCGCCAGUGAUGGCACUGACAGCUUCGUUCUCGCAGGUAUUCAGGCUCCAGGCCAGGUGGGGCCGGACACCCCCAGCCAUCCACCAUGGUGGUGGCACACCCCACCGCCACCACCACCACCACAACCACUGCCACUGUCACAGCCACCGUCGUGAUGACCACGGCCACCAUGGACCUGCGAGACUGGCUGUUCCUCUGCUACGGGCUCAUCGCCUUCCUGACGGAGGUCAUCGACAGCACCACCUGCCCCUCGGUGUGCCGCUGUGACAACGGCUUCAUCUACUGCAACGACCGGGGACUCACCUCCAUCCCCGCAGACAUCCCUGAUGACGCCACCACCCUCUAUCUGCAGAACAACCAGAUCAACAACGCCGGCAUCCCCCAGGACCUCAAGACCAAGGUCAACGUGCAGGUCAUCUACCUGUACGAGAAUGACCUGGACGAGUUCCCCAUCAACCUGCCCCGCUCCCUCCGGGAGCUGCACCUGCAGGACAACAAUGUGCGCACCAUCGCCAGGGACUCGCUGGCCCGCAUCCCGCUGCUGGAGAAGCUGCACCUGGAUGACAACUCUGUGUCCACCGUCAGCAUUGAGGAGGACGCCUUCGCCGACAGCAAACAGCUCAAGCUGCUCUUCCUGAGCCGGAACCACCUGAGCAGCAUCCCCUCGGGGCUGCCACACACGCUGGAGGAGCUGCGACUGGACGACAACCGCAUCUCCACCAUCCCGCUGCAUGCCUUCAAGGGCCUCAACAGCCUGCGGCGCCUGGUGCUGGACGGUAACCUGCUGGCCAACCAGCGCAUCGCGGAUGAUACCUUCAGCCGCCUACAGAACCUCACAGAGCUCUCGCUGGUGCGCAACUCGCUGGCCGCACCACCCCUCAACCUGCCCAGCGCCCACCUGCAGAAGCUCUACCUGCAGGACAACGCCAUCAGCCACAUCCCCUACAACACGCUGGCCAAGAUGCGCGAGCUGGAGCGGCUGGACCUGUCCAACAACAACCUGACCACGCUGCCCCGUGGCCUGUUCGACGACCUGGGGAACCUGGCCCAGCUGCUGCUCAGGAACAACCCCUGGUUCUGUGGCUGCAACCUCAUGUGGCUGCGGGACUGGGUGAAGGCACGGGCGGCCGUGGUCAACGUGCGGGGCCUCAUGUGCCAGGGCCCUGAGAAGGUCCGGGGCAUGGCCAUCAAGGACAUCACUAGCGAGAUGGACGAGUGUUUUGAGACGGGGUCGCAGGGUGGCGUGGCCAACGCAGCCGCCAAGACCACGGCCAGCAACCACGCCUCCGCCACCACACCCCAGGGUUCCCUGUUUACCCUCAAGGCCAAAAGGCCGGGGCUGCGCAUCCCCGACUCCAACAUUGACUACCCCAUGGCGACGGGUGAUGGUGCCAAGACCCUGGCCAUCCACGUGAAGGCCCUGACAGCAGACUCUAUCCGCAUCACGUGGAAGGCCACGCUCCCCGCCUCCUCCUUCCGGCUCAGCUGGCUGCGCCUGGGCCACAGCCCGGCCGUGGGCUCCAUCACAGAGACCUUGGUGCAGGGGGACAAGACAGAGUACCUGCUGACGGCCCUGGAGCCCAAGUCCACCUACAUCAUCUGCAUGGUCACCAUGGAGACCAGUAAUGCCUAUGUAGCUGACGAGACACCCGUGUGUGCCAAGGCAGAGACGGCCGACAGCUACGGCCCUACCACCACGCUCAACCAGGAGCAGAACGCUGGCCCCAUGGCGGGCCUGCCCCUGGCAGGCAUCAUCGGUGGGGCCGUGGCUCUGGUCUUCCUCUUCCUGGUCCUGGGGGCCAUCUGCUGGUACGUGCACCAAGCUGGCGAACUGCUGACCCGGGAGAGGGCCUACAACCGGGGCAGCAGGAAAAAGGAUGACUAUAUGGAGUCGGGGACCAAGAAGGACAACUCCAUCCUGGAAAUCCGUGGGCCCGGCCUGCAGAUGCUGCCCAUCAACCCGUACCGCGCCAAAGAGGAGUACGUGGUCCACACCAUCUUCCCCUCCAACGGCAGCAGCCUCUGCAAGGCCACGCACACCAUUGGCUACGGCACCACGCGGGGCUACCGGGACGGCGGCAUCCCCGACAUAGACUACUCCUACACAUGAUGCCCGCCUACCUGGGCUGCCCCGCCCCAGCCCCAGCUGCCCUGGCGUGGCCACGUGGCUUUGCCCAGCCUGCUGCAACCCGAGAGAGCAAGGAAGAGAAAUUCCACGGAUGACUUUCCCCCGCAGAAAGCAAAGUUUGGGGAGGGCUGACGAUUUUGUAGAACACAACCGUGACAAUUUUUUUUUAAAGAAUAGAAGGCAGGAGGGGGAAUUCGACAUUGUUGAAGACAUAAUUUAUACCGAGUUAUACCAGUUGGGGAGGGAAGGACUAAAAAUAAUAUCACAGGAAGGGCUGGGUUGGGUUUUUUGUUGUUUUUUUUUUCCCUGAACUGGAAGGAUACUACCUGUACAACAUCUGUGGACACCUCAUGCUCUGUUCAGGGCCGUCACAAAGGAACCGCCAGGGAGAAGCAGCCGGCUCUCAAAGCUCCCACGCAGCUCUCCCGCUGCUGGCCACUCGCUGGCAACGUGAUGGAAGGUUUUCAGGCUCCUCACAAAGGAGAGAGGGAAGAAAAGAUCUUUUGCCCUGGAGAUAUGGUCCUGAAAUCUCUCCCCUGGCUCAUUCCAUACCAUUUCCCUUGCAGAUUUGCAGAAACAUGGCGUCUUUCACUGCAUUCUUUGAACAAUCAUGUAGUUGAUUAAAACACAAACAAACUUGUUUUUCCCUAGGCUGAAGCCCUCUUCAGUUCCAUGCACCACGCUCUCCUGUAGAAGCCCCCGCGGAAGCCGUAGCUUUCCCCGCCACCUGGAGGUGCAUCUGUCUGCCUGUCUAUCCCUGUCGCGGUGUCUCUAAGUACAGUUGGGUAGACAGAGACACAUGCACGGUCCUUACCGUUCUCCUUGGGUCAGUUCUUACCAUUUCCUGAGACAAUAGAAUUGCGAAAGUGUUGCUUUCUCCUAGAGAUCAUUGAGUAAGUAGACGGUGUGUUGGGGAUGGGAGUGAGGUGGGGGAAGAGACUUGGUCUCUGGGGGCUACUGCUGUUCCUAAAGGCUGAGGUGCGUAUGUCUCAGACGGGUGGCUUAGGGAGGCGUCGCAGCAGGGGCUUCCAGUUCCACCCUAGCUCAGCUUGGCCAGCGCUGGGCUGCUCUCCUUUCUGAUCUAGAUAAAAGCUUUAUUUGAUUCCAGUGUCCUCAUCUCCCUCCCCCACCACGUGCAAUCACCUUAACAGCUACUUUUGGAGCAUUUACCAUGUGCUGAAUGUUCCCUCCUAGGACGGGUAAUUAGCGCAGGGAUUUUUUUUUUUUUUUUUAAAUAUCAGCUGAUUAGACCUAUUGGUUUCCAUGGCUGCUCAAACAAAGCCCAGAAAGAGACACAAAAAUUCUCAAAAAAGCCCUGGGUGACGGCAGUCCCUCCCUGAACAUAGAAAACUCAGCUGGGCCCACCCCUGGGACUCUGUUUCUUGAGAGGGAGAGGCCAGAU